GGCGCCGGCUGACGGCAGAGACGCCUUGGUCGCCUAAGCGGUUGACUGUCCGGGGCUGUGGUCGCUGCUCUUGCUGCCGCUCCUGCUGCCUCUGCCGCUCCUGCUGCCUCUGCCGCCAUGGCUCAGUACAAGGGCGCCGCGAGCGAGGCGGGCCGCGCCAUGCACCUGAUGAAGAAGCGGGAGAAGCAGCGCGAGCAAAUGGAGCAGAUGAAGCAGCGCAUCGCUGAGGAGAACAUCAUGAAAUCCAACAUCGACAAGAAGUUCUCUGCGCACUACGAUGCCGUGGAGGCGGAGCUCAAGUCCAGCACGGUGGGACUUGUGACCCUGAAUGACAUGAAGGCCAAGCAGGAGGCCCUGGUGAAGGAACGGGAGAAGCAGCUGGCCAAGAAGGAGCAGUCGAAGGAGCUGCAGCUGCAGCUGGAGAAGCUGCGCGAGAAGGAGCGCAAGAAGGAGGCCAAGCGGAAGAUCUCUUGCCUGUCCUUCACUGUGGACGCAGAGGAGGAGGCGCCCGAGGAGCAGGAGGAGGCGGCCGUGCUUGAGGAGGACUUGGAAAGGGAAGAGGCCCUCGCGAAGAAGAGAAAGUUGGGGAAGAACCCGGACGUGGAUACCAGCUUUUUGCCCGACCGCGACCGCGAGGAGGAGGAGAACCGGCUGCGGGAAGAGCUGCGGCAGGAGUGGGAAGCCAAGCAGGAGAAGAUCAAGAGCGAGGAGAUUGAAAUCACCUUCAGUUACUGGGAUGGCUCCGGGCACCGGCGGACCGUCAAGAUGAAGAAAGGCAACACCAUGCAGCAGUUCCUGCAGAAGGCGUUGGAGAUCCUGCGCAAAGACUUCAGCGAGCUCAGGUCGGCCGGGGUGGAGCAGCUCAUGUACAUCAAGGAGGACCUGAUCAUACCCCACCACCACAGCUUCUACGAUUUCAUCGUCACCAAGGCCCGAGGCAAGAGCGGGCCCCUCUUCAAUUUCGACGUUCAUGAUGACGUGCGGCUGCUCAGUGACGCCACCGUGGAGAAGGACGAGUCACAUGCGGGCAAGGUGGUGCUAAGGAGCUGGUAUGAGAAGAACAAGCACAUCUUCCCCGCCAGCCGCUGGGAACCCUAUGACCCCGAGAAGAAGUGGGACAAGUACACGAUCCGGUGAAUGCAGGGGUGGAGCAGGCUCACUUCCCCGGGUCCCCCCAGACUCCCCAGGGCCCGGGUCUCCGGGACUCCAGGACUCCAGGUGCAUGGUCUACCCGAUCCUAUGACGUGACUGACCAUCCCCUGCCCUUGCUGCUGUCGUUUACUGCUUUUUCUUUUAUGAUAAAGAAAUGCACAUGUUAGAGUCAGAGCACUGUGCUUUAUUUAAAAAAAAAAACAUUUUUGAGAUAAAAUUCACAUAAUAAAGUUCACCAUUUUGGCCAUUUACAAGUGUACAAUUCGGGGUAUUUAGUACAUUGACAACGUUGUGCAACUAUCACCUCUUACAGUUUCAGAGUAUUUCUAACAUCCCAAAGGAGACUCUGUGCCCACUAGCAGUCUCUCUCCCAGGGCCUGCCAGGCCCUGGCACUCCCUAGUCUAUUUUCUAUUAGGCACUCCCCUGGCACUCCUUUGCCUAUUUUUUUAAAUAAUAUUUUAUUUAUUUAUCUUUAGAGGGGAAGGGAAGGAGAGAGGGAGAGAAAUAUCAAUGUAUGGUUGCCUUUCGUGCAUCCCCUGCUGGGAACUGGCCUGCAGGGAACUGGCCUGCAACCCAGGGAUGUGCCCUAACUGGGAAUCGAACCGCAACUGACUGGUUUGCAGGCCCGCGCUCAAUCCAUUGAGCUACACCAGCCAGGGCUUCCUUGCCUCUUUUCUAAUAGGCAAAUCUAUCUAUGGAUUUGCCUAUUCUGGAAAUUUCACAUAAAUGAAAUCAUACAAUUAAAGGAAAAUCUGCAGUUAGAACCAUGUAUUACUUUCCCAAGUAGUUUUCAGUAGGUUUAUUCACUCAUAUACAUAUAUAUUCCUGAAUCCACGUACAAUGUAAAGUUAUAAAUCAGGAACUUUUAAGGUAAAUAUAGACUUAAAUCCCAUGCUGACUUUAAUAACAUGUGAAACAAACUCUUACUUCAAGAUCUGGUAUGUGAGACUGCUUUUCUAUUUCUUCAUCUCCUAAUAAGCACUAAGAAGCAAUUUGCAUCAAUUCACCACCUACUCCUUGGCAUCCCCAAUUCCUCCAGCAGUUAUUGCGAAGGUGGCUUCAUUUUCAGGCAUGUCAGGGCUAACAGAAUGCAAGGGAACAGAAAUUUAUAAAAAGCUCUAUUUCUAUAAAUACUAUGUUCAUGUUACAGACAUCACACUCCUAUCUUGGUGAGUCUCCAGAGACAUCUCAGAGUUGGUACAGCUAAAUGUGGACUACAGAAUUUACAAGUAUUAUCAACCCUCAUAAACUAUGGAGCAAGUUUUUAUAUAUAAGGUUCUGAAUGUCAAGAAAAAUUACCCAAAUUUGGAAAUAGGCAAAAGGGAUAACAGCAUGCUUUCAAUGCUUUCAGUGUGCUGUCAGGCAUUUUGCAGCAGCCCCUAGGGGCUUAUCUGAUGCUAAAGUGCCUAGACCAAUUCAGGGGAAACUGACAGUGAAGGAAAACAGGCUGACUAGCACGUCUUCCCAGCUUAUCCAGUUCUGUGAGGACUCUGUGCUUUUCAUUGAGCUCUUUUACAACUCUGUAAGUUGUAGAAAACUAUGAGUAAUACAAUUACUCUUGUCCAUAGAAAUGUAAAUUGUGAGGAGGUGUGUAAUUGAUUAUUCUAUAGAUACUGUGAUCUGUUUUUGAUCAAUUUAUAAUUCAUCUCAGCAUUAUCUGAUUACAUAUGUGUGGUAAUUUGAUUUUUUCUUUUGAUCUGGUUAUAAAAUCUUAUUAGUUGCUGCAUUAAUGAGUUGAAUAAACUGACAUUUUGUAUAUCAGUCAUGCUUAUAUGCUCUUUAAAACUUAUCUUUUAAUUUAUUCUAAAACUGUAGGGUAGAGUUAAUUUGUAGAAAACUAAGAGCAAUGCAGAUGAUUCCAAUCUAUAGCAAUGGGAAUGAAAUGAGUUUCAUUGUGUAGAAAGGCAACUAACGGAUUUCCCUCUAGUAGAAAAACUUGAAAUGUUACAAUUUAUUGCCUGAUAUUAACCAAUUUUGCAUUUACUAGCAAAUUUAUUUCAGCAUUCAUUUGACUACAUAACUUUUCCUCAAAUGAUCCUUUGACUCACUCAGUGGUAUCCUCACUAAUUAGGGAGUUGAAUAAAUCUUUGACACAUUCAUUUUAUAUUUAUUUGCAAGAAAGUCAUGUUUUUAACUUUUUGGAAAUCAGAUUAGCAUGUACUAGACCCUACAGAUUUUACAAAAAUGAGACAGUCAUUACUCUCAAGAAGUCUAACGGGUGAGCUAUGACAUGUGGUAUAUAUUCAAAUUAAGCUGUUUCAUAAAGUCAGCAUAUAUGUU